GUUGCUUUCGUGUGGGCUGAUUUCUGAAGGGACAAACGCAUGACCAAUUGUUAUGUGAUCUGUUUAUAAAGAAGCAGCAGCCCUAUUCACAUACUUGUGUGUAUUAAUAAGCGGCAGAGAGUACCCAAACAGCCCUAGUGCUUGUCACAACUGAGGUUUUCAGUUUCUCUUACACAACCUGGUAGAAACCAAUCAGACAGCGGAGGUGUGUGUGGCUGAGGGGGAAGAGCUUAUUUGCCUUGAAAUGUGCUACUGCUGAGAAGGAAGCAGCAUUUACAUGCUGUUGUGCAUCAUCCCAGCAGAGGUUUCACGUGUAUACAAUACUGAACACACAUGGCAUGCAGCAAAAUGCCCCCACUUGUGCGACUUGCUCUCAGGCCCCAAGGCUGGGUCAUUGCUAGGCUGCAAUCUACUGCAGCAGCUCCAAAAGUAAAAGGAUCUGCAGAUCCUGAGGGGGCACAGCCUGGAGAGAAGAAAUGGCAGCUAGGAUCCCAAGUGGAUCACAUAGAAAGAAGCGAGAAUCUGAUGCUGAAAUCUUGCCCUGCUGCUACAAUGAACUUUGAUAACACUCAGGAAGCUUACAAGAGCAAAGCCACAUGGGAGCUGUUGAGAAGUAUAAUGGUCUUCUGGCUGUGCUCCAUUGAUACACUUGUGGACCGGAAUCAGCAGAUUUUAAGCUUGUCUAAAAAAGUCCUUGGCCAGAAGCUUUUUGAGAAAAUGAUGAAGAUGACUUUUUAUGGCCAGUUUGUUGCUGGGGAAGACCAAGAAUCUAUCAAACCAGUUAUCAGACGCAAUCAAGCAUUUGGUGUUGGGUCAGUCUUGGAUUACAGUGUAGAAGAAGACCUUACUCAGGAGGAGGCAGAAAAGAAAGAAAUUGAGUCUAGUACAGCUGAAGCGGAAAAAGAGAAUCUUGGUGCAGAACGUCGAGAGAAGAAAUACCAGGUUCAGCCUGGCUUUGGUGACCGCCGAGGUGGAGUCAUUAGUGCUAGGACAUAUUUCUAUGCUGAUGAAGCAAAAUGUGACCAUCAUAUGGAGACCUUUCUUAAAUGUAUUGAUGCUUCAGGUGGUAGUUCAGAGGAUGGUUUUUCUGCUAUUAAGUUAACAGCAUUAGGACGACCUCAGUUUCUGCUGCAGUUUUCUGAAGUGCUUAUGAAAUGGCGACGGUUUUUCCACCAGCUAGCCGCAGAGCAGGGCAAGGCUGGAAUGGCAGCAGUUGAAAUUGAAUUAGAAGUGGAGAAACUGCAGGAGAGCCUAGCAAAAUUAGGAAUUGCAACAAAAGAUGAAAGUCGUAACUGGUUCAGUGGAGAAAAUCUUGGGCUGUCAGGGACGUUGGAUUUGUUGGACUGGAACAGCCUGAUUGACAGCAGAACCAAGAUUUCAAGACUUCUGCUUGUUCCAAAUUUGCAGAGUGGUCAGCUUGAGCCCCUUCUAUCCCGGUUCACAGAGGAAGAAGAUCUACAGAUGAAAAGAAUGCUUCAGAGAAUCGAUGUCCUUGCCAAGAGAGCCUUAGAAAAAGGAGUGCGACUUAUGGUUGAUGCAGAACAGACCUACUUUCAGCCAGCAAUCAGCCGACUGACUCUGGAAAUGCAACGCAAAUUCAAUAUGGAGAGUCCCAUUAUCUUCAAUACAUAUCAAUGCUACUUAAAGGAAGCAUACGACAAUGUAACAGCUGAUGUUGAACUGUCUCGGAGAGAAGGCUGGCAUUUUGGUGCCAAAUUAGUAAGAGGAGCCUAUAUGCAACAGGAAAGAAAUCGUGCCAUGGAAGUGGGCUAUGAUGAUCCCAUUAAUCCCACAUAUGAUAAAACAAAUGAAAUGUACCACAGAUGUCUUGAUUAUAUCUUAGAAGAGAUCCGGCACAAUCGCAAGGCAAAUGUCAUGGUGGCCUCCCACAAUGAGGACACUGUGAAAUUCACACUCAGGAGAAUGAAUGAACUUGUCAUUUAUCCUGAAGAGAAGAAGGUUUAUUUUGGCCAGCUGCUGGGCAUGUGUGACCAAAUAAGCUUUCCACUGGGUCAGGCUGGUUAUCCUGUGUAUAAAUAUGUUCCCUAUGGACCAGUCAAUGAAGUACUCCCAUACCUGUCUAGGAGGGCCCAAGAAAACCGUGGGAUCAUGAAAGGAGCAAUACGGGAGAGACAUCUCUUAUGGAGCGAGUUCAAAAGGCGUCUGCUCACUGGCAAUCUUUUCUACGCUCCUAGAUUCUAGAGUGCAUGCCCCCGGGUGACUGCGUUGUGUCCAGCUCAUUCUUUGCUUUGGCUACCUCUUCAAUGCCUGCUGGAUUUUAAUGAUACAGGUUGCUGGUAAAUCUUUCCAUAAAAAGUUAAAUAUGAAUUAAUUAUUAUAUUCUGUGCUGCUAGAUUUUAUCUUUUGUAAAGCUGAAUAUACAGGGUUAUAUAUGUGUAUUUACCUAUGUGUCUUAUGUAAUUUUUCCUUUUAUACAAUGUACAGUCUCUCCUGAAAGUUUGAUGUUCAAGAUGUUAUUGUUUGCAUGUGUAUGUGUUAC